CGUCGUCAAGGCUGUAUUGAACGCAACGAGCCAAUGCUCUCCCACUUGUAGAUAGAUAUUAGUGAGCUGCGAUACACGCUGUACUGAGGACGAAACAUGAAAGGCUGGAAUUUUUAUAAGUGUUUAAUUGUUCAAGUGUCCGUUCUUUUGCAGACGGCAGACGCUGUUAAUGUUGCCCUUGGUAAACCUGCCAACCAGACAGACACGUAUGGAAAACAUACUGCGAACCGUGCCGUUGACGGGAACACAUCACCGGAUUUGAAUAAUCAAUCGUGCGCACACACGUUGUCUCACAACGCCUCAUGGUGGGUGAAUCUCGAGAAGAUAUUCCUCAUCCGAAGCGUCAAAAUUUACAACAGGAACGGGGACGCCGGUAACAGACUUCACGACGUCGAGCUUUACGUCGGUUUGUCGGAGCGCGGCUUUCAAUCGCUUGAAGGCUUUCACCAUGGCCAGGUCGGCGCUUCAUACACAUUUGAGCUAGCGACACCGGUGUAUGGGCAGUGGGUACGGAUUACGCGUAGAAAUCCUCUAGACAAAGAACUCACUCUGUGUGAGGUUGAAGUGGAAGGUGUGCCAUAUUCUGCAGCCAAUGGUGUCCUUUAUUCGGUCUUUAAUGGAUAUGUUCACACUAGCACUGCAAUCGACGUAUCUGCGAAGGUCGGGUCAAAACGCGUCUGCGCAUCAAGGUGUGCGAAAACAGAGAACUGCAUCAGUGCCUACUACAACACAGCGACCUUGACCUGCAGCCUGUUCGAUUCCUUGGCAUUCCAGAAAGGAGACAUCGAAAACGACGUCACUGUUGUCAACAGUAUUGCCAUAACAAAUAAUUCAAGGGAACAGUUGUUUGGGAAAUAAACCGUCAAUCUGUC